CCAAUACUUGAAGGGCGCAAAUGCAUAUUUCCACAGCGUUCAGCUGCUUGGCCACCGCCGGUGCGCCGCCGUCUCUCUCUCUCUCUCCUCCACCGCUUCCAUGGCGACGAGAUGGAGGCCACGAACCCGAGCCGUCCCCUUCCUCCCGCUGCUCCUGCUCCUCCUCCUCCUCGCGCCGCUCAUCUACACCGUCUCCAGGAUGCAGCUGAGCUGGGCGCCCGAGAGGGGCCUGUGCCUCCCGCCGCCCGCCGCGACGGAGGGCCGCCUCUGCCUGCCGCCGCCCACCGGGCCGAGGCGACCGGAUCGCCUCGUGCUCGGCGCCGCCGCCGGCCAGGGCCGCCCCGACCGCCUCCAGUGCCAAGGACUCAAAGCUGUCAAUAAGAUUGGAUUAUCAAGUGAAAGAAAUUAUUCUGGGGGCCAUGUUACUUUUGUUACAGUAUUCACGACAUACAACCCUGACUCAGCUGAAACAGGAAAAGUGUCACCUGAUGUUGUCACUGUUGGAAAGCACUCUUAUAGCAAGGCGGGAAGGUCCAUGGCUGUCCUUAACACUUUCAUUAGUUUCAUACAGGUGUCAAUGCCAACAAGCAAUGUGAUCAUAUUGACCGAUCCAAAUUCAAAGUUUUCGAUUAAUCAUCGGAGUGCUGCGAUAUUGCCUAUUGAAGGAAAUUAUUCUCGAGGAAAUUUGAUGCUUCAGAGGAUCAGGUCCUACAUAGCCUUUUUAGAGCAAAGACUUGAGGAGCUUGAGGCAGUGGACGAUGUAAAUCAUUUUAUUUUCACAGAUUCUGAUAUAGCAGUGGUUACUGACCUUGGACAUAUAUUCAAGAGAUGUCCUCAUUGUCACCUUGCUCUUACUUUUCGAAAUAACAAAGGCCAGCCUUUGAAUUCUGGAUUUAUAGCAGUAAGAGGAACCCGGGAUGGCAUUUUUAAGGCUAUUGAAUUCUUCAAAGAGGUCCUUGAGACAUACCGCUUGAAGUAUAUGAAGGCUUCCCGCAUGCUUGGUGAUCAAUUAGCACUGGCAUGGGUUGUCAAGUCCCAUCUACCAUCUGCUUUUGGAAAGUUUUCUAAGCAUGAGGCAUUUACGGGUGAAGUAAAUGGAGCAUCUAUUCACUUUUUGCCUUGUGCGGUUUAUAAUUGGACACCACCUGAAGGUGCUGGACAGUUCCACGGCAUGCCCUUGGAUCUAAAGGUUGUCCAUUUCAAAGGUUCAAGGAAGCGUUUAAUGCUUGAAGCAUGGAAUUUCUACAACUCAACCUCAGAGUUAUCUGAUAUGUUGUGCCUAAUCUUAAAAAGCGGUAGAACAAAAUACGACUUCUAAACCUAUACUGCUGUGAAGCUACACUAGUUGAUUUUGCUCAAAGGGCUUUUGGAUUGCUGCACAACUUUGGGGUUCUGCUUGCUGAGUGCCACACAAAAUUAGUUUCACAUGAGGUUUCAACUCUUCAUUUCACAAGAAUUCGGGACGGUGUACAAAAUAGAGCACGAUUCAAGAGGCGAAGAAGACCUGCUCAGCAAUGCACAGACAGUAUCAUACAUGCAACAGCAUCAUACACUGCAUAAUUGUGUUGAAACCCACCAACAAUUGUUUGGUCUUUUGAGUGUCAGAUUGGCCACCUCGUUGUAAAAAAAAUAUUGGUAAAGACUGGAAUUUUAUCCUUAGCACUAAUGUAGUGAUGUGUGAACGUGUGCUGAGGCGUGUUUUAAAAAUACACAAAAAAAAAAGACUUUGGCCAUAUGUAGAUCAUAUGAAGCUUAUGGUAUUAACUUUUUCAUGUAAGUUUAUCUCGGCAGCACAUAACACACCACAUGGUCAAUAAUUUCAGUUGAUGAGCAAUAGGUAUA